AUGGUCCGUUUCGCACCCUUGGUCGUUGCUUCAUCUUUGACGUCGUGUGCAUGCGCCAAUCUGAUUGAGGAUGCCGCCAAGCUUCCUCUGAGCUCGGAGCACUUACAAAAUGAUAUCAAACUUCCUGCGCUGCAGAAACAUGCCAAGGCUCUACAAGGUUUUGCGGACAAGUCAAACGGGACCCGUGUCUUUGGCUCGACUGGCUAUAAUGCAUCUGUUGACUAUGUGGCCGAAAUCGUAAAACAGGCGGGUUACGACGUUGAACUCCAAACAUUCCCAUAUGAAUACAAUGAGGUUCUCGUUCAGAAAUUUGUAGCAGAGUCGCUUGUCAACAUCAGUGGGAUGGCUGUAUCAUUAGUAUACAAUAAUGUCGAAGGUGCUCUUCCCGGUACUCUAGGUGCUCCAAACGCAACUGCAUAUAUUCCAAUUGGAGGAAUUGAUCGGACUGCAGGGGAGUCGCUUGCCCAGAAGCUAUUGGCCGGCCUAUCUAUCAAUGCCACCCUGGAGAUCUUAACCUUCAGUGAAGAGAGAUACAGUAGCAAUGUGAUCGCGACCUCCAAGGGAGGAAACCAAAGCAAUAUCGUCUUUAUUGGCUCCCACCUCGAUUCGGUUAAUGCUGGGCCUGGUAUUAACGAUAACGGAUCUGGUUCAAUCACUGUCCUUGAGCUAGCCGUUCAGCUUGCCAAAUAUAAGCUCAAUAAUGCUGUCCGCUUUGCUUGGUGGACUGCUGAGGAAUUUGGCUUGGUCGGCUCCAGUUACUAUAUUGAGAACCUGCCCAAGAGCGAACGCGAGAAGAUUGCGCUCUACAUCAACUUGGACAUGGUAGCCAGUCCAAACUAUGUUCUUGCCGUCUAUGAUGGUGACGGAUCUGCCGGAACCAACCCGGGCCCAACCCCUGCUGGUUCUGGUGCGAUCGAAAAGGUGUUUACGGACUACUUUGCAUCAAAGAACCUUUCAAGCGUGCCAACAUCCUUUGACGGGCGCUCCGAUUAUGGCCCUUUCAUCGCCGAUGGCAUAAACAUUCCCUCUGGUGGAUUGUUCACUGGCGCGGAAGGUAUCAAGACCGAAGAGCAGGCUAAGCUAUUUGGUGGGACCGCUGGUGUUGCAUACGAUGUCAACUACCACGCCAAAGGCGAUACCUACGAUAACCUUAACUUUGAGGCCUUCCUCAUCAAUGCUAAGGCUUCUGCACACGGGAUGGCCAUAUUUAUCGAAUCAACGGCUGCAGUCGAGGCGGAAAAGGCUCCCGCUAAUGUGUCCUCCAAGGUUGCCGCCAACUUUGCCGCUGCGCCGGGCGAUGCUUUAGUCGUUCAAGGUAAACAUAUUUGUGCCGGAGAGUUGGCCUAA